UCAAUACAACCGGCACCAUUCAAUAUUGCACUGGAAGAAAGUCAGGUCUGUGGCACAUGGUUUGCUGGAGGAAUUGCGCUCUUCCGAAGACGUUUGACGUUCGCUUCGCGUGAGCAGCAACUCGCAGCAUCGGUAACGGUGGACACAGUCAGUAGUUUGGGCUUUUGCGGACUGCCUGUUCUGCAGACUUGGCAAACCUCUUACUGCUCGUACCACAGCGCACAAAUGCCGAAUCAAGGUUUACCGCAGGCGGGAAACGGUGAUGCGCCGGAUCCCCGAAAUGGGCAGGCAGGAGGAUUUGGAGGAGGUAAUCGUUUCGAGCGAGGAAAUCGAGGAGGCGCAAGAGGUGGACGCAAUGCAAACGGGAAUUUUCGCGGGUAA